AUUCUCAAAAACAGAGGGUUCAAAGCAUGUACCACAAUUCAAAAUGGCGGGAAACCCACUCACUCUCUCCUUCCAAAUAAAUCAAAAGGGAGAUAACAUUCACCCACAUUCCAGAAAGUGCCUUUUCCGUUUGAUUUCAAAAUGCCACCAAAACGGAAACAGCCAACUCCCAGUGACACCGCCGCCCCGGUUGUCCGGAGGUCCGCCCGCCUCUCCAGCGCCGCCGUCACUCCACCUGCUUACCCAGAGCCGCCCAAGAAGAAGAAAAUCAAGGCCGCCGCCGCCGCCAAGCAAGAAGCCGAGGCGGCGGCGUCCCCGAAAGCAGAAAGCAUGAAGACCAUCGUGAUCGAGCACUGCAAGCAGUGCACCCAGUUCAAGAUUAGGGCGAUGAAGGUGAAGGAGGGGCUGGAGAAGGAGGUGGCCGGAGUCAACGUGGUGGUCAACCGGGAGAAGCCGAGGCGGGGCUGCUUCGAGAUUCGCGAGGAAGGCGGGGAGGUUUUCGUCAGCCUGCUGGAUAUGAAGAGGCCCUUUCCGCCGCUCAAGGCGCUCGAUAUCGACAACCUCAUUUCCAACAUCGUUGCCAAGAUCCGAUGAUUUUGAUGGUUAGGGUUUUUGUUUUAAGCUUAGUUUUUGGGAAUCUACAUAUGCUCUGCUUGCACAAUUUUCCAUUCUUGGUAAUGGCUCUGCAUCUUUCUUGGAUGAACUACUUUUAUUAAUGCAAUGCAACUGAUUCCACAUUUCUAACA